AACAUUUAGAAAUGUCAAUCAUCGCUUGUGAAACUGUUUUCGAAAAACAUAUGCCCCUUUUUGAUAUCGGCAAGAAAUAAUAUUUCAAAUUAAAAUGAUACUUACAUUAUACUUACUGUAGCAGAUUUUCACAGAGCCAUAAACUAUGCCGCCAGGUGACGAACUACACUUCCUCCUCAGUGACGCGUCCACACAGGUGUUUGACGCAUGUUGGAUAGCAAAUAGGUGUAAAAUAUCCACUGCUGUAAUGGCCAAUGUUUGGGGUGACUUGGAUCUCCUUUUGGAUUCACCUUCCUCUUUGACAGUAACGUCCACCGCCCGAGGAACCAUUAAAGACAAAGCGGGAUUCAAAGCAGCAGAAGAUGUAGUUGCUCUACGGAAGGCCAUCGAGGGAAUAGGUACCACUGAGAAGACUCUAGUUGAAGUUCUAACCGGGAGGAGCAAUGCCCAGCGUCAGCUCAUCUGUAAAGCGUACCAGGAAGCUGCCAACAGGACAUUAGUGGAUGACCUGAAGGGGGACACCCAUGGGGACUUUGAGGACUUGUUGGUUGCUCUGGUCACCCCUCCUGCUCUUUUCGACUGUCAUGAGGUCAUCGGAGCCAUCAAGGGUCCUGGGACAACUGAGGAGACUUUAACAGAGAUAUUUGCCUCAAGAUCCAACAAGCAAAUCAAGGCUCUAUCUGAUGCUUACUUAGCAGAAACUGGGCGAUCGAUGACUCAUGACCUCAAGGCUGAGGUAUCUGGGGACUAUGCUACAACACUUCUCAUCUUGGCUGAGGGAAAGCGAGAUGAGAGUACGAAUGUGGACCCGGCUAAAGCUAAAGCGGAUGCUAAGGCCCUGUACGAGGCAGGAGAGAAGAAGUGGGGGACUGAUGAAAGCAAAUUCAUUGACAUCCUGUGUCACCGGAGUGUUCCUCAGCUGAGACAGACCCUAGUGGAGUAUAAGGCCUUGAGCAACAAAACUCUACAGGAGAGCAUUGAGAGGGAGAUGUCAGGGACUCUAGAGGAUCUACUGGUGGCUAUUGUGAAAUGUGUGAAGAGUGUUCCUGCCUACCUGGCUGAGAGACUGUUCAAAAGCACAAAGGGCGUGGGGACCACAGAGUCCAUUCUGACCAGGAUAAUGGUUGGCCGCUCUGAGAUGGACAUGCUGGACAUCAGGGCAGAGUUUAAAAAGCUGUUUGGCUGUUCUCUCUACUCCACCAUCAAGUCUGAAACUGCUGGAAAUUAUGGACAAGCUCUGCUGAAGCUGUGUGGGGAAGACGACUAAGGUUCUGUCUACUUGGCAUUGAGGAGCCUCCCACCGAAGGAUCAUAACAAUGUGAAGGCUGCAGUGCACUGCUCAGGUUCAAUUUAUUAUAGACACACUCACUGUUACCCUGAGAAACAUGGAUAUGUUUGUUUCAAUGUUCAAAGUUUGACAUUGAGAUGUGUAACCUGGAACAUGUGAUCAACCAGCCCAGACACACUCCAGGAUUCCUGAGACAGUCACCUAUUUCUUUUUCAUGUGUUUCCAACAUUUACAUUCCUGAAUGCAUCUCAUUAAGGCAAACCUUUAUUGGUAUUAUCCAAAUUAUUAUAGUUAUCAGGAAGGUAUUCUAUCUGUUCUUGUAUGAGAAGUGCUAUUAAAAAUGUUUACUAACA